CCUAGGAUGGCGGACAGGCUCCCCACAGAGUUUGAUGUGGUUAUAAUAGGGACAGGUUUGCCAGAGUCCAUCCUUGCCGCUGCAUGUGCAAGAAGUGGUCAGAGAGUCCUGCAUGUUGACUCAAGAAGUUAUUAUGGAGGAAACUGGGCUAGUUUCAGCUUUUCCGGAUUACUGUCCUGGCUAGAGGAGUAUCAGCCAAGCAGUGACCUUGACAAAGGAAGUACUGCUACAUGGCAAGACUCGAUCCAUGAAACAGAAGAAGCCAUCCCUCUCUGCAUGAAGGAUAAAAGCAUUCAACACACCGAAGUGUUUUGUUAUGCUAAUCAUGAUGUGGAGGACACUGCUGAAGAGAUUGGUACGAUGCAGAAAAAUCCUUCUUCAAUGGGAUCUGCUGCUCUCACUGAACCUCUGGAUUCUGCAGCCUUGCCCAAACAAAAACUGUCAUCAGACAGUGCUGGCUAUGAAAUGUUUGCUCAACGCACUCAAAACAGUGAGGCAGUGAUUUCACACAAAGCAACUGACACAGAGGAAUCACUAGAGAAAGAAAAGUGUUGUGGAGAUACAACUUGUACAUUCACAGUCUCCAGUGGAGAUAAAGAUGAAAACAACUCUACAGAAGACAGUUCUAACCAACGAAAGGGAAAUGCCAUUACUUAUUCUCAACUAGUUAAAGAAGGGAGGAGAUUUAACAUUGACUUGGUAUCAAAGCUACUAUAUUCUCAGGGAUCCCUCAUUGAUCUCUUAAUCAAAUCGAAUGUUAGUCGUUAUGCAGAAUUUAAAAAUGUCACCAGGAUUCUUGCAUUUCGGGAAGGGAAGGUGGAACAGGUGCCUUGUUCUAGAGCAGAUGUCUUCAAUAGCAAAGAGCUCACCAUGGUUGAAAAGAGGAUGCUCAUGAAAUUUCUUACAUUCUGUUUAGACUAUGAGCAGCAUCCAGAUGAAUACCAAGAUUUCAAACAAUGUUCAUUUUCAGAGUACUUGAAAACUAAAAAACUAACUCCCAACCUCCAACAUUUUAUACUACAUUCAAUUGCAAUGACAUCAGAAUCAUCGUGUACUACAUUAGAUGGUCUUCAGGCAACAAAAAACUUUCUUCAGUGUCUUGGACGGUUUGGCAACACUCCCUUUUUAUUUCCUGUGUAUGGCCAAGGAGAAAUUCCGCAGUGUUUCUGCAGGAUGUGUGCAGUUUUUGGUGGAAUCUAUUGUCUUCGUCAUAGAGUGCAGUGUCUUGUAGUUGAUAAAGAAUCUGGAAGAUGUAAAGCCAUUAUAGAUCACUUUGGCCAAAGAAUAAGUGCUAAGUAUUUUAUCAUGGGGGACCAUUACCUUUCUGAGGAAACCUGCUCAGAGGUGCAGUAUAAGCAGAUCUCAAGGGCGGUGCUCAUUACAGAUAAGUCUUUACUAAAGACAGAUUCAGAUCAGGAGAUUUCCAUUUUGGUAGUGCCUCCAGUGGAAGCAGGGACUUGUUCCGUUCGGGUCACCGAAUUAUGUUCUUCAACGAUGACAUGCAUGAAAGGUACACAUCUGGUCCAUCUAACUUGCUCCUCUUCAAAAACAGCUCGAGAAGACCUAGAACCAGUAACACAGAAAUUAUUCAUUCCUUAUUCUGCAUCAGAAGGGGAAAAGGAAGGACUUACAAAGCCAAGACUUUUGUGGGCUCUUUAUUUUAACAUGAGAGAUUCCUCAGGAAUCAGCAGAAGCUCUUACACCGGCUUACCCCCCAACGCCUAUGUCUGCUCUGGGCCUGACUGCGAUCUGGGAAACGAACAUGCAGUCAAGCAAGCUGAAACACUUUUCCGGGAAAUCUUUCCAAGUGAAGAAUUCUGCCCUCCACCUCCAAAUCCAGAAGACAUUAUCUUUGACAGUAAUGACAGGCCACCAGAGGCUCCUGGGACCCAUGAACCCAUGGCCGAGCUGGAAUCCUCUGAGGACAGCAGAAACCCAGAAAGCCCAGAGCAGCAACUUCGGAAUUAGAAAGUAGUCAAUU